GUCCUUUACCACAGUACCUGCAUGAGGUGUAGACUUCUGUGUGCACCAUAGAGCAUCAUAGACCUACAUUCACGGGUGGCGAGGAUUGAUGUUCUUUGCGCCUUAGCUUCAGUUGUUCAGUGCGCUCCGCGAGACGCCUGAUUGAGGAGCUAUCCAACGCAGAAUCACACUUAAACAAGACUGUUCUUCAUACAUAUACACUGGAUAGAGGCGAACUCACUACACAUGGAAGAUAAUCCGAAGAACUCCGAGAGGAAUGCUGAAGUUUGGGAACUUCUGAAAUGCGUUUGGAAACCACGAACCUCUCAGAGUCUGGGGAUCUGAGGGACACGCGGACAUGACUCUUGAAGGCUGUUUUGUUGCUCACUGAGAAUCUGUUGAGCAUGUUUAAUGUCUUUCUGACGUUUUAAAUGGAUUGGUUUCCUAUGAGGGAUGGAAAGAGACACAAAUGCACCUUGGAACUGAAGAGGAUGGAGUGCAGUUCAUAGUAACAUAUCAAAAGUGGUGCAUUGCAAAACAUUGUAAAAACUCUUUAUUAAUAUUUUUACGAAGUCAUGCUGAUUCGAAGCCAAGCUCUACGGUGGGCCGUUUUUUUGACACUUUGUCUUCUCUUGGUGAAGGGCUUCCCUGCAAAAGGACGCAAAGCAAAUCACAUCAAGAGCAAGAGUGCUACAUCUUUAGAGGUCAGAGGUCACAGCGGCUCCAAAGAUGUCAGACAGUCGCUACAGGACAUUCAGCGGUGGAACCAACUUAGGAGUGCGCCGCCUUCGCCUCGACGUCAUAAGAGGAGAUGGUCGCAGAUUCGCUCAGAGGGAGUCCUUCCCAAACCUGCUCCACAGGAAGAUGAACCCUUCAUUUUAGACCUGAAAAACUUUCCCGACCUUGCCAACGCAAACCUGGGCUCCCAAAACCCCAACAUUCAAGUUACCAUUGAGGUUGUGGACAACCCACAGAUGGAGGUUGAGAUGGAUCUGGCCAAGGAGAGCAGGAAUGACUGGUCUUUGAGUUCGGAAGAGUGGCUGGGCCAUAAAAAGCUCUUCUGGCCACUGUUCUGGGAAUACCAUGACUCCAGUCAAGAAGGUCCCGGGCAAGGCAGUCUGGAGGAAAACGAGGGGGACCUCAGCUACGAGGGAGAAGAUUCCCUUUUGAGCGGUGUGGGUACAGACUGGAACAGACGAUGGAAGGGCUGGGACUCCAUGGACAAUUACGAAUAUGAGGAGGAAGAAUGGAGCGACUGGUCACCAUGCAGUGUCACCUGUGGACACGGGAAUCAGAAGAGGAUUCGUUCGUGUGGCUACGCCUGCACUGCCACGGAAUCACGGACAUGCGACUUAGAGCGUUGUCCUGAUGACAUAGUUCCUGUGACCGAACUGGCUCCUCACGAGGUGGCAAACAGCUCAGAGCUUUUUGACACAGAUGUUGACAGCUGUGAGAAGUGGCUUAACUGCAAGAACGACUUCCUCCAGAAAUACCUACACCAGGUCCUGACCGAAUUGCCUAACUGCCCUUGCAUCUACCCAUCCGAGGUGGUCUACAGUGCUGUCAACAUCUUCGAUAGGAAGUUGCAAAAGACCUAUCGCUGGCGAGAUGCCAGCGGACCCAAAGAGAGGCUGGACAUCUACAAGCCGUCUGCGAGGUUCUGCGUUCGCUCGAUGCUCUCUUUCGACAGCACCACAUUGGCUGCACAGCACUGCUGUUACGACGAUCACAUGAAGCUCAUCACUCGAGGCAAAGGCGCCGGAGCACCCAACCUCAUCAGCACAGAGUUCUCCCCGGAACUUCAUUACAAAGUGGACGUGCUCCCGUGGAUCCUGUGUAAAGGGGACUGGAGCCGCUUUCAUUCGGUUCGGCCUCCCAAUAACGGUCUACAGUGUGUCGAGAACCCGCAGGAAGACGUCUACAUGAAUGAACUGGAAGAGGCCAGGGAGUACUGAUCCAAGGAAAACUGGAUUUCAAAUAUUAUUGGCACUCCACCAGUCUUGAAGGCAAUAAAAGCCUCCUACUUUCUAAUUCGGCGGCAGUUCUACAGAUAUUGACUCUCAUUGGUCAAACUAUUUAGCUGACACUAAAUGGAGCUGUAGAGAGAGAUUCGUCUGAAGACUAAAGCUUAGAUACUGUCACUGUGUACAGCUCCACUGCAACUGGUCCAAAGUCUAGAUCUGGAUUGGAAGACCAUGAUGCAAUUUUCUCUGUUGUUUCUUCUUUGACGUUACGUGCGUGCUCCAAACAAAGUUCAGCGACAGUUCUUCAAUGGCAUUCUCUGGAACAAGUUCACUGUAUUUGCAUUGGAUGCAUGUUUGUUUUCCUUCAGCGUCCUCAAAGACUCUGAUCCACCAUUUAAGGAAUUCCAGUAAAGCUGCUAGAAUUUCGAGAUAUUCAAAAAUGCAACAGAAUGCUGAUUUUGUUGUCUUUAAGCCUGAAGCUCACUCCUGGCCUCGCUUCAACCCGUGCAAGAUCAGUCCAAACAAAUCAAACAAAAGCCACACAAUUCACAAACCAAUUCAACUCUUUAGAGCUUGUAUAAUGUUACGCCGAAUGUGUCAUUGGACAGAUAUUUAUGCAGGAUCAUUUGACCUAUCUUUUAGCACAUAACUGUCGCGGAACGACAUUGGGGAGUCUGAGAAACUUUAGGAAACCAUUUUUUGAACUUGCCUUUGAGAAGACGUCCCUCAGCAAUGGGAGGCUUGUUUUUUAAAAUCUGAGGUAUAAUUGGAUCCCAUUCUGUUUUCUUUUUUGCCUUUCAACACAACUCAGCUUUGUACUGAAUGCAAUAUGAGACAGCCGCCUAACACCAGUGUAGGGGGCUGUCAGAGCUCAGUUGAUGGAUUGAAGUCUUCCUCUAAAGGUGAGGUGAAGGUGACACUUUUUGUAAACGAACAUAUCUUUAAAUACAAUGGCUCUUUCAGUGUCUCUGUUCAUCCUUGAGUCCCGAUUAAAGCCUGGAGGCUCACAAGGGAUGUAGUUUGAAGGACCUAAGCCGCCCUUUUCAGCACAAGUGUUAUCGUGAUCUCUUUGUGAGAUGUUGACAUGGAAUGCUGGUGAUUUGAUUCCUAAAUUCUCAGUGACAGAUGACUGUUCCAUGUAGCAAUGAACACACCCACCUUGUGAUUUUAAGCACAGUUCUAUCAAAUCUGCUUUAUACUUUUUUCCUAGAAAAAUGAAUAAGAAUACAGUAUUUGCAUGGAUUACUGUUGAAGCUGUUACUAAAAGGUGCAUUGUUCAAAUCCCAGGAUGGAGACUGCAAGGUAAAGACUUCUACAGGUUUUCAAUGCUGUUGUCAUCAAGGGAUUUUUGAUACAAAACCAUUAUGCAAUUGCCGUUUUCGCUGUGAAUUGGAUCAAGCAAUAUUUUUGUGAUUUAAAACUCCAAUUAUCAGUGCACUCGUCCAGAAGCUUGCACACGGUUCAUACUUGGUUCAUCUCAAGAUCUACAUUCCUGUAAAGUUUAGUUAUAACUCUAAACUUCUGAACUGAAAAAGAUUAUCUUCUGAAAAAGGUAAUCAUGGCUUGAAAAAUACAGAUAGACUGCAGCUAACACUAAACUCUGCAGAAAACUAAGCCAAGCACAUUAGCAUCACUUAUGAUCCCUGUCAGACCUGAGCAAAACCGUAAAGAUAUUUUCAUUGAGAUAACAGUAAAUGGCAACUAUGAAAACAUCAUUCAGUCCAGCUGUAAGAACUUUGGAAACAUUCAAAUAUCCUGCUCUUUGUGGUGGUAUAUUUACUUCAAAUAUUACAGACAUAUUUUUUUUUGGUAUUUGUGGUAUUUGGUAUAAUUACAUUUUAGCAAAAGUCAAAAAACUUUGCAUACAAUUCACUGUAGUUUCCAGCUGAAAUGAACACUAGAGGCUGUAAUACACCAACAGCCUUUAUUCCUUUUAACCUUUCCUUUUAUUGAUUAAUAUUGACUUAACAUUGCCAUAUUCAUGUUCAUGGAAGUUUUAUGAAAUGUGCAAGAAGCAACGCAAUAUCAUUUUGCAGAAAUGUCGCUACAGGUAUGUAUUUCCAAUGGUUCUGACUAGUAAAUCAAGUAAAUCUCAAUGUCUACAUGCCCAAGUUUUGACUUUGGCUUUGUGUCACAAUAUUAUAUUUUCAGUAAAUAAACUGAUGAAUGAGGGUAUUUUGAUUGGAAAGGGGAUCUUUGUCCCUUUUUUUUUCUAAUUUGCAAUACUGUCUAUUGAAGUUUACGAAUAAUACACUAUUUUCUAGGUACAUUUGAUAGUAACAGUUCACCUUUCAGAGCUUCAAAUAGAAAGGCACUUUAUUUAAAUAUCAAUAAUGGAAUAUAUGUACUAUGUGUAUAUAAUCGUAUAUUGAAUUAAACUUGUAUAAUUUACUGAUUUAAAACAAAUUAUGUUAUUGUAAGAGGAUAAAUAACAAAUGCUGCAUUUUUCAAGAAUAUUGUAUUUAAUGUAAAAUUUUGGCAUGUCAUUUUUAACUUCAGAUUUAUCCUUGUACAGUAUUUAUUGCUUUUGAUUUUGUAACACAUUGUUAUUAAGUGGAUAAUCAAAUAAUUCUAUGCACUAUAUAAAUCUGAGUUAUUUUCGAUUUCUGGUCUGUGAAAAGGAAAGUGCCAUACCACACACCGUUCUACUUCAAUAAUGUUUCUAAAGUCAUCUUUUGUUGUAUUAAACACUCUUUGGCCAGAUAUAAUAAAUGUAACUUUGAUAA